CACCCCUAUCGCGAGUUCAAAAAAAAAAAAAAAAAAAAAAAAAAAUUCUACGAAGAAGAAGACACACAAGAUAUAAAAUUCCAAAAGAAAAAAUGUGUCGGAAAACAACUUGCUCCAAGUGCUCUGGGACUACUUGGGUCGGAUGCGGAGCGCACAUUCCUCAAGUCAUGGAACGGGUUCCGAAGAAUCAGUGGUGUAAGUGUCCCGGUGGGGGUGAUGGGGGGUACCCGCCUGGUGGGAGUUGGUGUUUGAUUUCUUAAGGCGGAGCAGUGGGUAUCAUCAUAAGUCAUAUCCUUUUUUUUUGGGGGGGGGGGGAGUUAUUGUUGUUUGUCCAUGAGUAUGAUGACGGUGGGCGUUCUUUAGGGAGUUCUUUGUCUGUAUAUGGUAGCAUCGGUAGUCAAGUUCAAGAGUUUUUUAUGUUGG